AGUUACUUUAAGCCCCCGCCUUUGUCUCCUUCUCGCUCGCCACUUUUUCUUCGGAGUUCCUCCCCCUGCGGCGCUGGGCGGAGUUUCAUACCGAACCAGACGCUCCUUUUGUCGGAUCCGUUUCGACCUGACUCCCCGGGGUUUACUGCCGAAAAAAAGACACUUAAAGAUCCAUAAAACCACUAACGCGACUUUAGCUUUGAUUAAUAACAUCGCGUGUUCGUUACUGACGGGAAAGACAUCACCAGAGACCCGGCAAGUCCACCGGGAGCUGCCCAGCCUCUCCCCGCCAUGAACGGCAACAGCAGCGUCUCCGGCGCCUCUCAGCCCUCGCGCAACAAGAAUCAGCCAGAUGCGUGGUCCAAGGAGGAAUGCCUGACGCUGUUGGAGAGGAUCCGCAGCCUGCUGCCCGACGCCGACGGGAUGAAGUACAAGACCACGGAGGCGCACUUCGACUGGGAAAAGGUCGGCUUCGGGGGCUUCACGGGGGACAUGUGCAAGCAGAAGUGGCAGAGGGUGUCUACCGAGGUGCGGAAGUACAGGACAAUGACGGAGCUCAUUAUCGAUGCCACAGAGUACGUGAAGAACCCGUACAAGGGCAAAAAGCUCAAGACGCACCCAGACUUUCCGAAGAAGCCCCUUACCCCGUACUUCCGCUUCUUCAUGGAGAAGCGGGCCAAGUACGCCAAGAUCCACCCGGAGAUGAGCAACCUGGACCUCACCAAGAUCCUCUCCAAGAAGUACAAAGAACUGCCGGAGAAGAAGAAGCUCAAGUACAUCCAGGAGUUCCAGCGGGAGAAGGAGUCCUUCGAGAAGAACAUGGCGCGCUUCAAAGAGGACCACCCCGAGCUGAUCGAGGAGAGGAAGAAGUCGGACCUCCCGGAGAAGCCCAAAACCCCCCAGCAGCUGUGGUACAACCACGAGAAGAAGACCUACAUGAAGCUGCACCCGGACGUGAGUCAGAAGGAGCUGAAGGAGGCCCUGCGCAGGCAGUGGUCUCAGCUCUCCGACAAGAAGCGCCUCAAGUGGAUCAGCAAGGCCCUGGAGCUGCAGAAGGACUAUGAGGGCAGCAUGCGGGCGUACCACGAGGCGCACCCCGACUCCAACUCCGACGAGCACGUGAAGUCGGUCCUGACCAAGGCCGAGCGGCAGCUCAAGGACAAGUUCGACGGACGGCCCACCAAGCCUCCCCCGAACGGCUACUCGCUGUACUGCGCCGAGUUGAUGGUGAACAUGAAGGACGUGCCCAGCACGGAGCGCAUGGUGCUCUGCAGCAAGCAGUGGAAGAUGAUGACGCAGAAGGAGAAGGACAUGUUCCAGAAGCGCUGCGAGCAGAAAAAGAAGCAGUACGAAGUGGACCUCCAGAGGUUUCUCGAGAGCCUGCCGGUGGAGGAGCGGGACCGGGUCAUGACCGAGGAGAAGCUGGGGGGCAGCCGGCUCGCGAUGGGGAACGCGGGCACCCUGCUUACAGCCAAGCCCCCUGCAGCCAAGGAACGCUGCACUGACCUGGAGCAGUGGGUCCAAGGCCUGGCCAAAGACAAGCGCGACGGCAAGAGGCGCACGCGGCUCCCCGAGACGCCCAAGACGGCGGAGGAGAUGUGGCAGCAGAGCGUCAUCGGAGACUACCUGGCCAAGUACAGGAACGACCGCAAGAAGGCGCAGAACGCCAUGGAGUCGGCCUGGAAGUCGAUGGAGAAGAAGGAGAAGAUCCCCUGGAUCAAGAAGGCGGCCGAAGACCAGAAGCGAUACGAGGUUCAGUACCGGCCUGUGAGGGAGUUGCUGGAAAUGAGGACGCCUCAGACAGGACAGGGGCAGAGGAAACCAAAAUUUGACGGGGAACCGAAGAAGCCCCCUGUGAGCGGCUACCAGAUGUUCUCCCAGGAGCUCCUGACCAACGGCGAGCUGAACCACUUCAGCCUGAAGGAGCGCAUGGUGGAGAUCGGCAAGCGCUGGCACAAGCUGAGCCAGAGCCAGAAGGACAAGUACAAGAAGCUGGUGGAGCAGCAUCAGAUGGAGUACAAGGCCGACCUGGAGGCCUGGGUCAAGUCCCUCUCUCCUCAGGAGCGAGCCGUUUACAAGGAAUUUUCCACCACGAAGCGGCGCAGCACGGCCAAGGCGCGGGGUCCAGCGGCGAAGGUUCGAGUGGUGAAGGGGAAGGCGGUAGGUGCCAGAGCCACAGGACUGGGGGCCGGGGGGGGCAGGCGAGCGAUGGCGUACAGGGCCAAGCAGGACACCUCGGAUUCAGAGGAAGAUGAAAAGACCGAUUCGUCCGAUUCCGAGGAUGACGACGAUGAAGACUCUUCAGGAAGCACUGACAGCGACGAUGAUGACGAGAACGAUGAUGAUGACGAUGAGGACGACGAGGACGACGACGACGAGGAAGAUGACGAAGACCAAUCGGACGGAUCCAGCAGCUCAUCCACAGACAGCAGUGACUCGGACUCUGAUUAGCCCCGCCCACAGGAGGAGGAGCUGUGCGGCAUGGGGGAGGUGACAGGGGAGGGGGUCCUCCCCAAACCGACCCCCCCCACCUAGACUGACUGAAACAGCGGGCCAGGGCUGGCACCCCCCCCCCCCCCCUCCUCCUCUUCCUCAAAGGCUCUUACGCUAUUGGACGAUUUCUCUUCUAAAGGAGGCGUGUUACAUGUGUGUCGUUUUUUUUUUAUUGCCUUUCCGGAGGUGUUACGAAAGACGGCCAUUUUGUUUUGUUUUUUACAUGAAAUGGGAACGCUGAAGCACCCGAAGCGUUUGGACGUGUUUCGUUAGUGCUGCGGUGUUUUGGCGGGGAGCGACGCGGACUCCCCAGAGCCCUCGUGUGUCCGUUUUCCACGUGCCAGGAGGAGGAGGAGGAGGGACUCCUUUUCGUACUCCACGGACACCUUUCUGGGGGGAAAAUUGCUAAUAAAUGCACUUUUUUUUUCUUGUAUUAAGCGGGUGUAUGAUCAUGAUGCACAUGUACCUCGAGCGCUGCUAAAGAUCAGUGAAUUUACGACUGCACAAACGAGCGGGAAUCUGCGGGUGGGAGAUUUGUGCCUUCGACGCGUAAGCUAAAAACAUUUCUACACGUUGGAACCCAACUUGCUUAAUAGUUGGUCAACAAUACCAGAGCCUGACUCAGGAAACUGCAGGGUUUGAACAAAAAUGAGCGCAGGACAUGUUUCUGGAUGUUUAUGCUCACUGGUGGCAUUUAGGCAACUGUGUGUGUGUGUGUGUGUGUGUGUGUGUUACUUGAACAUAAUGUUAACUGCUAAAGAUACGACUGGAAGAUCCUAGCUUUUAACAGUUGAUAAAUGGAGCUUAGGUUAACCCUUUGAAGAGCAGGUUUUUUGGAAUGGUAUUAUUAUUUUUUUUUCAUUUUAGUGUUUUUUUACAACUCCUUUGCUUUCAGUUGCCAGUAGUGAUUGUUACAUCAGCAUAAGAAUGUUCAGUUAAGAGCAUUCGAAUGGCUUAUUUGGGAUCUUGCGCUGUAAAGGGUUAAAAGCGUAGGGCAUGGUUAUGCAGGUUCCUUUUUCACACGAGUUCUUUGCCAGUCUUUCCAGCUCAGUCCUUCUGCCCAUCGUCGAUCAAUUAUCUUCUGCCUACUCUUCACCACCUCCUCUUCAUCACUACUGUUCCAGGCCCUGCUGCUCUUCAUCUGCCUCCUCUUCAUCACUACUGUUCCAGGCCCUGCUGCUCUUCAUCUGCCUCCUCUUCAUCACUACUGUCCCAGGGCCUGCUGCUCUUCAUCUGCCUCCUCUUCAUCACCUCCUCUUCAUCACUACUGUCCCAGGCCCUGCUGCUCUUCAUCUGCCUCCUCUUCAUCAAUACUGUUCCAGGCCCUGCUGCUCUUCAUCUGCCUCCUCUUCAUCACUACUGUUCCAGGCCCUGCUGCUCUUCAUCUGCCUCCUCUUCAUCACUACUGUCCCAGGGCCUGCUGCUCUUCAUCUGCCUCCUCUUCAUCAAUACUGUUCCAGGCCCUGCUGCUCUUCAUCUGCCUCCUCUUCAUCACUGCUGUUCCAGGCUCAGCUGCUCAUCAGUGAUGGUCAAGCGAAGGUCCAUGAAAUCCCGUAAUAGACGAUAUUAGUGUGUGAACUUGUUCCAACAAACCCCAAGGUUUGCGCUCCAGAGAAAAUGGAUAGUUUGGUUCGAAUCUGUCAUUGAUGGCACUUUUUUGUUCCAUUUUUAAUUUCCGGAAACCUCUCCCAUCACUGCUGAAAUCCCUAUCCGGGCUGGUUUCCCUACUAGCUGGACACCUACGCCCAUGUUUGCCUGUCUGUCUGUCCAUCUGUCUUUGAAUGAACCCCUUCAUAUUUCAGACAGUGUCAUAAGAGCACAUUCUAUCCAACCUCAGCAUCCUUUGGAAAACUCAUCAGUUCCUCUGCAUUCUCCAAACCUGGACCUGUGCUAUGAUUGGACCAGUUUGCAUUGCAUCACUUGAAGGGGUGUGUCUAACUCUUGGACGAAGUAUUACGGCUUGACGUUCUUUAACAAUGCAUCAUUGCCUUUUCACAUCUAGUCACAUUUUCAAAAAAUUUUUUAAAAUUAAAAUAGUUUUCACUUUUCAGACUGCCUAGGAAGUCAUGGAGACAGUGCUCAUGUGAACGUCAAUUAUUUUGCAUGGUUUUGAUGGACCUAUUCAUGCUCACCUUCUCACCGGAUACCACACAUUAAAACCACAGGACACUUGCUUUUUUAAAAUUUUUUAAUAAUAUCUUUUAUAUAGACUUUUUUUUUGUAUGUAUAUAUAAACAAAAACUUCUAGCCCCAUUUCCAUCCCUCUCCCCCUGCACACACACACCCGCUACACACAUUCCAGAAGACCAAAAGUAGCAAUAAAUUAUUUCUGCCUCGAACGACUAAAGAGGGGACUCCCAUCUACAGUGCAAAGCAAACGCACAGCCUGGGUGGUAAGAACUGGGUGGGGAUUCUGCUGAGGUCAAAGGACUACAAAUCCCACAAAGCACCACUGCUGCCCUGACCCCUCAUUCAAGUAGUCCAUGUUCAAUCUGUU